AUGGCCGACAAUUCACCCAAGAUUAAGCUGUACUGGCUCAACCAUUCGCGCUCGCAGCGCAUAAUAUGGCUCCUCGAGGAACUCAAGGUCCCCUACGAAAUCGAAGUCUUCCACCGCGACAAGGAAACACUCCUCGCGCCCAAGGAGCUCGAACAGAUUCACCCACUGGGUAAAUCGCCCGUGAUUGCAAUCGUGCCCCCGGGCGGCGAUGCAAGCAAGCCUAUUGUUCUGGCCGAGAGCGGAUUCAUGACGCAGUAUCUCGUGGACCACGUGCCCGAUGGAAAGAAGCUGAUGCCCAAGCAGUGGCAGGAUGGCAAGGAGGGCACCAUUGGCGGCGAGACGGAGGAGUGGUUGCGCUAUGGUUAUUAUAUGCAUUAUGCAGAGGGGAGCUUGAUGCCGUACUUGGUUCUUGCGCUGGUGAUGUCUCGCCUCAAGUCUCCUCAGGUUCCUUUCCUCGUGCGCCCCAUCACGUCCAUCAUUGCCAACCGCGUCAUCGCCAUGUUUGUCUUCCCGAAUGUCAAUAAACACCUUGCCUUUCUCGACCAGCAGCUCGCCACUUCGGGCGGCAAGUACCUGUGCGGCGAUAAGCUGACCGCCGCGGACAUACUCAUGAGCUUCCCUGUGAUUGCUGGGUCUAGCCGGUUUGAUGAGCUGGGUUACUUCGAGGGCGGGUCGUGGGAGAAGGCGUAUCCCAGGGUUGCAGAGUAUGUCAAGGUGUUGGAGUCGGAGGAGGGGUAUAAGAGGAGCGUGGAGAAGAUUGAGGCUAUUGAUGGCAAGUUUGAGGCCUCGUUUCUCCAUUCAUUGGCCAAGUGGACCCGCAUCCCUGUCGCCAACCACACCCCUCGAAAAAGUUCACGCCAAGAGCUUCCCUCGACCUUGAAACAUCUCCUAUGCCGGGCCACAAUUCGUGGGCAAUUCGUGGGCAAUUCGCGCGCCCGCAUUCGCCAUGUACGCAUCAAGGACUAUAUGUUCGCAAUGCGCCUCUCAUCGGCGUCUGGAGCUGGGACUGGGGCUAUCGCGUGGUUCUCAUCAACGGCCUCGGCGGCUUCACAUCAGGCUCCGAGCUCGAGCUCAACUCCCCACAGCUUUAGACAAACCAGUGAAGGGACCAUUUCUAAGAAUGGCAAUCCUCGACAGCCUUCAUUCUCUCAGAAAGCGUCAGCAUCUUCGAGGAGGCAGCCAAGACGGAACAAGGACGCCUCUGCGGCUGUAGCUCUGUUCCACGAUGUGGUUCAAAAAUCCGAGGCCGCUGCUCCCAGAGAGCUCCCUGCCCGACCUACUUCUCGCCACUCUUCCGCAUCUACUGUGCUUGGAGAAUGGGAGGUUGCCGCCAAAAUGAAGGAGCUGGAGGAAAAGGAUAUUGAACCCCUCGAGAGAUUGCGUCUCUUCCAGAACGACAUAUGGCCACAUGUUAAGGAACUUCGUGGUCAGAUCCCAAAACACCUCUACCUUGCAACCACGAAUUUCUUGGCGCGCACAUUCGACGCGGUUGUUCAACAAGGUCUCACUGGCGCCAGUGUCGCUCUUUCGAAAAUGUGUGCCACAAUUGGGAAGUGGGAUCUAGACAUGCGGAACCAGCUCGUUUUGAAUCUGUGCCACACAUUAAUCAGCAAGAAGCAUACUUCGGCGGAGCGGAAUGCCCUCGUUGAUGAGCUAUUGGACAUGUGGAAGCAUAUUUCGCAAUUACGGAGGAUGAGCCAGUUGCACAAUGGCCGGCUCUGUUUCGUUUUGCCGUCCGAGGACGAGAUCAUCGAGGAUAUUUCAAGCUCUUCAGCAUCUUUGACAAAGCAGACUGAAUCAGGCGAGGCGAAGUCUUCAAACAUGGCACUCACGACAAAAGCCCUGGCGAGUAUUUUUAUUCAAUUCCAAUUCGAGCAAGCUCGUGAACUUGUGUCGGGUCUAUUGGCCACCCUUGCUGCGCUUUCGGACCCGCGUUUAGCGAGAGAUGGAAGCCAAAUCAAGGCAGCACCACUGUUGAAUCUCGUUUCCACCGUAUUGAACCACCAGCCCGCAGACGCCGCCUAUGUCAAUGACAUCUUUGCCGGCAAAGUCAGAUUCCCGUCUUCAAAACUGGCCGAUUUGCAGUCCUACGUGCUAGCACAGUGGCCGCAGGCUAGAGACAUGGUUCUGAGGCCUGACUCGGAAUGGCGAAAAAGCACGACGUCGUCUCACAAGCCAUCCCGCUCGUCGAGUGAGUUUUCGCGCCUGUCAGUUUUCCACAAGCAGCUCCGUGACGCCUAUCGAUCUCGCAACACCGGUGCUAUUGUAUCCAUCUGGCAGGAUCUCAAUGCCAGUCUAAAUCAAGAUCAAGAUCUGCGCCGGCAAAUGAGCGAGGACCCAGACUUUCUCGAUUUUUGGAUAUUUGUCUGGUGUGCCGUAAGACGACCCCAGAAGCUGCAAGAGACAUUGGAUGUCAUGCGUGAAGUCGGCAUCCAGCCUACGGUGCGAUCAUAUACGAACAUGAUGCACGGGUGGAAAAUGUGCAAAGACGCAGACCGCAUUGAAGCCCUUUGGAAUAAGCUGGUCGAAUCAGGGCUGAGACUCGACGCCGUCAUAUGGACCGAGCGCAUCUCGGGUCUUAUUGAGGCCGGCAAGCCGCAGUCCGGCAUCCAGGCACUCGCCGAGAUGCAAAGUCUCUGGAAGAAAGCAGUUGCCAGCAGAGGCAGCGUCGAAAGCGCGGCCAAUGUAGCCGUCCAGCCCAACACAGAAGUCGUCAAUGCCGCCUUCAAGGGCCUCAUUGGCCUGGAUCGACGCGCAGCAAACGAGGUGCUCUACUGGGCUGGGAGGGAAGGCAUCGAGCCCAACAUCCGGACAUACAACAUUCUUCUGAGGGAGAGUCUCCGCAACAGCGCCCCCGAGGAUGUGCAGAGUCUGCUGAGGGCCAUGAGGAAACGGGGCGUCGAGCCCGACGCGGCUACGUUUACGAUUCUCCUCGAGGGACUGCUCGGCUCCAUGGACAACGCAUCCGCAGCCGAGCAAGUCCACGUCGUGAGCCAGAUUCUCGGAGACAUUGAAGCAGCGGGAUUGAGGGCAAAUCUUGAAACGUACGGCAAGAUGCUGUAUGCCAUCGCGUUGCUUGCCAAGGGCGGUGCGGACGAAGCCAUUGCCGCCGUGCAGGACCACAUGAAAGCCGCCGGGCUGUCAGCCACGCCGCACAUGGUGACGAUUCUCAUCGAGCGGACCCUUUCCCGAGACCCCUUGCCUCCUGAUGCGGGCGCGACCGUCCGCGCCCUUCUCAAGGAACACGGCCUGUCUAGUGUCACGCAGGGCGAUCAGACGCUGUGGGAGCGGGUGAUGAGCGCCCACGCCGUCACGGGGGACAAGGCCUCUGCAAUGGCGGUGUUUCACGACCUUGCGCGUGCAGGACGGCCCGUCACCUCGCUGCCCUGCUUGACCGAUCUGCUCAAGGCUCUUCUGGCAUCAGAGGAUGCCGAGGCCGUACAGGACGCGAGGCAAGUGGUGGGUGUGGUGCUGGAUCACAAGCUCAAGAGUGCGGCGGCAGAGGGCUCGUUUGGCAGGGACACGCGGUAUUGGAGGCAUCAUUUCUGGUAUUUGGCAAGGGAGAAUGGGUUGAUCAACUGGCAGGAUGUGCCGGCUGUUCUGGAGAGUCAGCUGCGCGGGUGA